AUUUCUAACAGUGCUCUUUUCUAAAAAUAUUAUUUUGAUUUGCUCAAAUAGAUGUGAAAACUCAUAUCAUUAUCAAUUAAAUUUAACUCGUGUAACAUUCAGUGGAAUAUACGAAAAAUCUACACAAUACUGUAAAAAAUUGCCUUUUUUGCAACGAAAUUGUAUCAUUCCAUUCGUAUCGUCAUCUCAUAACAUUGUGAAAUACAUUUUUAAAUCGAAAAAUGGAUAGUUGCCGAGGAAACAUCAACAACUUCUGUUACGUUUGUGGAGAGUUCACACCGAUCUUAGACUCAACAAAAAAAUCAGCUGAAAGAAAGAAUCGUGUCAUCAGUGAUGAUUUCAAGAAAGCAUAUAAACUAUAUUUCGAUCAAGAUGUAAUUGAAGGUGUGAAUUGGGUGCCAGACUCAGUGUGCAUGACAUGUUACACUGGUCUUAUGAAAUGGAUGGACCAAAAGCAAACACAAAUGCGUUUUGGUGCCCCCAUGAUAUGGACUGAUCCGGGAGCGCACAAUCCAAACAACUGUUAUCCAUGUCGUAAUUUUGUCCGCGGAAUGAAUGUAAAAAAUACAAAAUCGAAAGAAUACUUUGCCGUUCCGAGUGCCCAAAGGCCACUACCUCACUCAGACAUCAUUCCUGUGCCAAACGCUCCAACUCCAGAUCGUGUAACUGCUGUCACUGCUACCACAGGUCCUCAAGAAGAAACACCUGAUUAUACGUUUUACGAUCCAGGAGAAGGAGCUUCAAACCAGCCAAAUCUUUUGACACAAGAUCGACUUGAUUUCAUCGUUUCCAAACUGGAACUAUCUCAGCGCAAAGUCGAAACUCUUGCAUCUUUUCUCAAAGAAAAUAACCUUUUGGCACCCGGCACCAAAAUAACAGCUUACAGAAGCCGCCAGAAAAGUCUACAGGAAUGUUUUAUGACUGGACUUGAUAAAACAUAUGCGUAUUGUCACGAUGUCGAGAAAUUAAUGCAAGCAAUGGGAAUUGUUUACAAAGCCGAGGACUGGCGACUGUUCAUUGAUUCUUCGAAAAACAGUUUGAAGGCAGUGCUGUUGCACAAGACUAAUUCGAAACCGUCGGUCCCCAUUGCUUACAAUACUGAGACCGAAGAAACGUAUGACAAAAUACGCACGAUUUUGCGAUUGGUGGAUUAUGACAAACAUAAAUGGCGCAUAUGUUGCGAUUUAAAGAUGGUUGCGAUACUCUGUGGUCUGCAAACAGGAUACACAAAGUAUAUGUGUUUUCUAUGCAAAUGGGACUCACGAUAUAAAGGAAACCAAUAUCAGACAUAUUCGUGGCAGAACAGAGACAAACAUGUAUUGCAUGAGUUUAAUGUUGAAAACGAAGCUCUUGUGCCACGUGAGAGUAUAUUAUUACCCUAUCUUCAUGUCAAACUUGGAAUUGUAAAAAACUUCAUUAAAGCUGUUGUUGGCAACAAGAAAAAUAGACGUCAUGCUGCUUCAGUGUUGCAACUUUUGCGAGAAGACGUUUUCAAAAAGAAAAUCAGCGAAAGCAAAUUGCGUGGAGGCGUUGUCAAUGGUCCCGAUAUCAGAAAACUGAUAAAAGACGAGAGGUUUGACGCAAUUUUGAAACCAUCACAAAGAAGAGCCUGGUCGGCCGUAAAAAAGGUCAUCAAGGGAUAUUUAGGAAAGCAUAGAUCACCCGAGUAUGAUACAGAAAUAACUGAAAUGCUCGGUUAUUUCAGUAAAAUUGGCGUAAACAUGUCGCUUAAAAUACAUUUUCUGCAUCACCAUUUGGAGUACUUUGAAGAUCAAGCGCCAACAGAAUCGGACGAGCAAGGCGAAAGGUUCCAUCAAACGGCGAUUCCAUUUGAAAUCAGAUACAGAGGAAAACGGUCGCCGGAUGAUAUUAUGGCAGAAAUUUGCUUGUGGUGCAAAAACCUCUUUGAAGAAACUGAAGAACAGGGUGAACCGAUGGAAGUGGACGAUGGAAAUGCACAAGAAGACGCACGAGAAGCUGACCGAUUUGCUGAUUUUAUUGCUGAUUCAGACGAUGAUGAUUUCGAUGAAGAAGAAGAGGAAGGAGAAGGCGAAAGCGAAGGCGAUGGAGAGGAAGAAGAAGAAGAAGGACAAGAGCUAGAGGAAGAAGAAGAAGAAGAAGAAGUAGAAGUAGGAGAAGAAGUAGAAGUAGAAGAAGAAGCAGCGGCAGCGGUUGCACCACCACCAAAAAAAAGAGCCAAAUAAAUUUAAGAUAAAUUUUAAAAAUAAUUUCUAAGUUACUAAUCAUUUUAUUUCUAACGAACACCAUUUUCAUUUAAAUAUGACCGAAUUUUAGUAUAAGCC